UCUAUUCUAUCCAUAACUGGUAAGUAACAUCACACACAGAGAGAAAAUGCAUUAAAUAAAUAAAAAAAUAAAUUAAAAUCAACACAAAACAGAUCCGAAACCUCUUUCUUCUCAUCAUCUCACUCUUCCAAACCCAACAAUCCCAAUAAGCUAAAGUUACCAAAUUUUCACUUAAUUUCUACUCAUGUCUCGAUUCUUCUCUACAUGGAAGAAGAAGAAGCUGCACCUCAAUCAAAUACUACCAACUCUUUCUUCUUCUUCUGUUACUUCACAUACCCACUUUAGUCUUUCACCCCGUUAUCAUAUUCAUAGCCACGCCAGCUUCAACCACAGGUUCAGCUUCUGCCUAAUCUCCACCCACUUGAAGAACCACCUCCAUGCCACCGUCCAGCAACGCCACAAGUGGGACCACCCGAAUUACGGGACCCGCAAUAUCCGGGUCGACCCGAAAUGCUGCCCAUGUUGCAAAACUGCUUAUGAGGGUGUGAAUGUUUGCCCAAAUUGCAAAACUUCUAUCACCCCUUUUAAUAGUAGUAGCAUUGCGCCUCUCCAAGGUGGUACCUUUUUGAAGAUUGGGAAUGAUGUUGUUCAUCAUGAAUCUCCAAGGAGGAUCGAUGGUCAUGGUGGUGGUGGUGGUGGUGGUGGCAAUUAUGGUGUUAAAGUGUCACUAUGGAACACUCUGAGACCAUAUAAUGGUGGUGGUGGUGGUGGCAAUAAUAAUGGUGAGCCACCAGAGGAUUGGCCUCCUGCAUCUGUUCAUACACCUCCAGGUCCACCAUUUGCACCUGGGGUUAAUGUUAUUCGGGCUUCUGGACCCUCCUUGGAAGAGAAUACUACUUCCUGGGGAGGUUCCAAUUUGGGUAGGGAUUUGCCAACUCCAAAGGAGAUUUGCAAGGGUCUUGACAAGUUUGUUAUUGGCCAAGAUAGGGCCAAAAAGGUGCUUUCCGUUGCUGUUUAUAACCACUAUAAAAGAAUAUACCAUGCUUCUUUACAGAAAGGGUCAGGGGAAGAUACAGGAAUUUCAGAAGGAGUAGAUGAUGAUGAUCAUGUGGAGCUAGAAAAGAGUAAUGUUCUCUUGAUGGGUCCAACAGGUUCAGGGAAGACAUUGCUUGCAAAAACACUAGCUCGAUUUGUGAAUGUUCCGUUUGUCAUUGCUGAUGCAACAACCCUAACACAGGCUGGUUAUGUUGGAGAAGAUGUUGAAUCAAUAUUGUAUAAACUACUUGCGGCAGCAGAGUUCAACGUUCAAGCUGCUCAACAAGGGAUUGUUUAUAUUGAUGAAGUGGACAAGAUUACUAAGAAGGCUGAGAGCUUAAAUAUUAGCCGGGAUGUUUCUGGCGAGGGUGUUCAGCAGGCAUUAUUAAAAAUGCUGGAAGGAACUGUAGUAAAUGUUCCUGAGAAAGGAGCAAGGAAGCACCCGCGGGGUGAUAACAUACAGAUUGACACAAAGAAUAUUCUUUUUAUAUGUGGUGGAGCGUUUGUUGAUCUUGAAAAAACCAUUUCAGAGAGACGGCAAGAUUCUUCUAUUGGUUUUGGAGCACCAGUCCGUGCCAAUAUGAGAACUGGUGGAGUAACAAAUGCUGGAGUCACAUCAUCUUUACUUGAGUCGGUGGAAAGUGCUGAUCUUAUUGCAUAUGGUCUCAUACCAGAGUUUAUAGGACGAUUUCCAAUUUUAAUUAGCUUGUCAGCUCUAACUGAAGACCAACUUAUGCAGGUCCUCACAGAACCAAAAAAUGCUCUUGCUAAGCAGUACAAAAAAUUAUUUAGCAUGAAUGAUGUGAAGCUACACUUCACAGAGAAAGCUCUGAGACUGAUUUCAAAGAAAGCAAUGGCCAAAAAUACUGGUGCUAGGGGUUUAAGAGCCUUACUGGAAUGCGUUUUAACUGAAGCCAUGUUUGAGAUUCCAGAUGUUAAGGCAGGAAAUGAACUGAUUGAUGCAGUUGUUGUCGAUGAGGAGUCCGUAGGAUCAUUAAAUGCCCUAGGGUGUGGAGGAAAAAUUCUUCAUGGAGAUGGCGCUUUGGAGCGGUACCUAGCUAAGAUGGAGGAUUCAGUGAUUAACGGUGACGUAGCUGAAUCAGACUUACAAGAGGGGGAACCAGAGAUUUCAUCAAGAGCCAUGAGCAUGUAAUAUUAUAUUUACUGUACUCAAGGUGUAUAACUUAUCAUUGUCAUUGUUAUUUGUAAAAAUCACAUUCAUAAUUUGCUGUAAUUAUCCCUUGUAUAACAGCAUAGCUUCUCAUUUAAGUUCAUCGGGUAGGAAGGAAGUAGAAAAAUGAAAGAUGUAGCGUUGCUAAUUUAGGCAGCACAUCAUACAAAUUUUCAAUUGGUUUUGAGGAAGGUCGAACUUUAGACAAUUUUCUUUUGUUUCGCUGCCACACUGAGAAUAAGGGAAUCA